CUAAACUACAUAAAUAGAAAUAGAAAGCUAUAAGCUAAGGCAAAGAGCUCAUCGCAGACGUUUACAAUCAGAUACAUACCAACCAAUUUAAACAUUAUACAAUCUUGCUUAAACUGAAGAAGAUUUUCGCAACUUAAUAUAUGUAAAGAAAAGUUUAAUUAUAAUAUUUUUGUUUUGUAUUUUACUUGAUUUGGAUACCAUACUGAAAACAAAAAUUGAUGGAAUAAUAAAAUAACAUUUUCUUCUUGCUGACAGUAAAUAAAAUUCCUGUUGUGUGAGUCCCUAAAAUUAAAAAAGAAAAACGUGUUUUCUGUUCGAUUCAUGUAAUUAAUAAAGUAUUUAUGCCCUGUGUAUUAAAUGCUUCCUGGCAGAAGGAGAUAUUAUUGAAAGCAAUAUCUUUCUGUGUUGACAAUAACAUUCUUAUUUGUGACACAUAGUUGCAAUGAUGUUUUAAGAGAAAAAUAUUUUCAUAGAAAUUUAAUGUUUGCACUAUGCUUGGAAGUUUCUAAGUGAAUUUAAUGAUUGUUGUAAUUAAAAAGUAUGCAAUAAGAAGUAAUUUCGUUUAAAUGUUUUGUGUUUGUUAUAUCCGAACAAUUUAUUUAAGCAGGCCUGAUAAAUUAAUCAUGAAGAAUGGAAUUUGCAAUAAUCUAACUAACACUUUGGACGAACUUUUCCAUGAAGUGCAUUAUUAAACAGUUGUAAAUAGGUUUUAAUUGCAGGUAAUUAAACUCUCUCAUACAUUCAUAAAGCACAUGUGAUUUGAUAUUUAUAUGCAAGUAAUAUAGAUUAUGAUUUUCUUGUUGACACAGAGAAAAUAUUUUUUAUAUGCAGUUUGUGCAAUUUUAAAUUGUGAGAUAAAAUUAAAUUUUCUUAACCCUCUCAUAUUUAUGUUAAUUUAUAAAAGCAUGCAUUUAUAGUCUAUGAUGAAACAUUGAUACAAAAAUUAGCAAUCUAAUUCUUUUUUGAAAUAUAUAUAUUUGUAAUGUCAAAUCUUUUGAAUCAGCGAAAGUAAAAAAAAAUAUAUAUAUAAUGUCUGACUUAAAAAUAUAUAUUGUUCCAUAUUUUUGUACCAUAUUUGCCCAUAUAUUGUAAUAUAUAUUGUACCAUAGUUACCCAUGUGCGUGUGAAAUAAAUUGCAAAUGAAAUCUAAUUUGAUAAUUUCGUGUUCAUAAUAGUAAACAGCGUUACUGUUUAUUUUUGUAAGAAGUUUUCCUAAUAAAAAUGACAUUCAUUUUGCAGUGUGUCUAAGAAUACAUCCAUUCAUAGUGUAUUAAAUUUAAAGGGAUUUUCUACAUAAAGAGGUUCAUAGUUUCUGCAGUUUUUUGUGCAAAAUAGAAAUAUUAUUAAAGUUGGUGGAAAAAUUUUUUUGCAUUUCAAUAUAAUUUAAAUUGAUCCUUUCAGUCACAGAUGAACCUAUUAAUAAAUCAUGUUCUUGUUGUAAAGUGAUCAUAUUUCUACAGUAUUUUAUUUUGCUUAUUUAAAAAAUUUAGUCAAAGUAAGUGAGUUGAUACAACAGGAUCAUUUUAAAUUAUGUGUUAUUGAAGGCCUCUUUGUGCUAUUAAAUGACUUUUGCAGUGAAAAUUAUUUUGAAUUAUUACCUUCAUUUUAAUCAAUGGCUAAUUAUUUUUCUAUUAUCAAGUUAUAGCUAUUUUUUUCAAAUAAGAAAGAAAAAGCAAGAAUUUUAAUUUGAAUAGAGAAUCUGUAUUUUUUCUUACAUUUAUGCAUUUCUUUUUUAAUAUCAUUGCUAAGUGGAUAUAGUAUGUCUUCAUUUCUUGCAGCAUAUUUAUGAUUGUUAUUCUAGAGAUCUUAUUCAACUACACACAAUUUAUCUACACUUAUGAUUAAAUUUUUUCUCAGAAAAGUAAACACAUACUGUAAAAGUGUUUUUCAUCCUGUAAGAUAACCUUAUUCUUGUGAUAUAUGUAACUAGAUUUUUUUCUAAAAGAAGUAGUCUCACGAAACACUGCAAAUUUCAUAUUGGCGAGAAAUCCUACUCUUGUAGAAUAAGAAGAGUAUAAUAAGAGUUUUUCACAAAGAGAUCUCACUAAGCACAACCGUGUUAAUAUGGAUGAGAAGCCUUAUUCUUGUAGUAUAUGUAAUAAGAGUUUUUCAAUAAAAGGUAAUUUGACUCGACAUAGUUGUGUUCAUACAAGUGAGCAAGUUUAUUCAUGUACUAUAUGUAAUAAGAGAUUUUCAACUAGAUCUAAUUUAAAUCAACAUAGUCGUGUUCAUACUGGUGAGAAACCUUAUUCUUGUAGUGUAUGUAAUAAGAGUUUUACACAAAGAAGUAAAUUGACUGAACACAGUCGUGUUCAUACACGUGAGAAGCCUUAUUCUUGUAGUAUAUGUUAUAAGAGUUUUUCAAUAGAAGGAAAUUUGACUCGACAUAGUCGUGUUCAUACUGGUGAGAAACCUUUUUCUUGUAGUAAAUGUAAUAAGAGAUUUUUAAGUAGAUUUAAUUUGAUUCGACAUAGUCGUGUUCAUACUGGGGAGAAACCUUAUUCUUGUAGUAUAUGUAAUAAGAGUUUUUCACUAAUGUGUCAACUGACUGAACACAGUUAUAUUCAUACAAAAGAGAAGCUUUAUUCUUGUAGUAUAUGUUGUAAGAGAUUUUCAGCAAGAAGUAAUUUGAUUCGACAUAGGCGUGUUCAUACUGGGGAGAAACCUUAUUCUUGUAGUAAAUGUAAUAAAAGAUUUACAAGUAGUGCUUCUUUGACGCUACAUUAUCGUGUUCAUACUGGUGAGAGACCUUAUUCUUGCAGUGUAUGCAAUAAGAGUUUUACACAAAGAAGUAAAUUGACUGAACACAGUCGUGUUCAUACACGUGAGAAGCCUUAUUCUUGUAGUAUAUGUUGUAAGAGAUUUUCAAUAAAAGGUCAUUUGACUCGACAUAGUCGUGUUCAUACUGGCGAGUAACCCUUUUCUUGUAGUAAAUGUAAGAAGAGAUUUUCAGCCAGAAGUAGUUUGACUCUACAUCAUCGUUAUCAUACUGGUGAGAAACCUUAUUCUUGUAAUAGGAGUUUUUCUCAUAGAAAUAAUCUAUAUAGGCACAUUCGAGUUCAUACCGGUGAGAAACUUUAUUCUUGUAGUAUAUGUAAUAGGAGUUUUUCUCAAAGAGAGAGUCUAUCUAUGCACAUUCGAAUUCAUAUUGGGGAGAAACCUUAUUGUAGUAUAUGUAAUAAAAGUUUUUCACAAAUAGAUUUGUCUAGACCCAAUUGUGUUCAUACCGGCGAGAAACCUUAUUCUUGUAGUAUAUGUAAUAAGAGUUUUUCACGAAAAGAUGGACUGACUGAGCACAGUCGUGUUCAUACAGGUGAGACGCCUUAUUCUUGUAGUAUAUGUUAUAAGAGAUUUUCAUCAAAACGCACUUCGACUCAACAUAGUCGUGUUCAUACUGGUGAGAAACCUUAUUCUUGUAGUAUAUGUAAAAAGAGUUUUUCUCAUAGAAAUAAUCUAUUUAAUCAUAUUCGAGUUCAUACUGGCAAGAAACCUUAUUCUUGUAGUAUAUGUAAUAAGAGUUUUACACAAAGAAUUCAAUUGACUGAACACAGUGGUGUUCAUGCAAGUGAGAAGCCUUAUUCUUGUAGUAUAUGUUGUAAGAGAUUUUCAAUAAAAGGUAAUUUGACUCGACAUAAUCGUGUUCAUACAGGUGAGAAGCCUUAUUCUUGUGAUAUAUGUAAUAAGAGACUUUCAGAUAGAGGUAGUUUGACUCGACAUAGUCAUCUUCAUACUGGGGAAUAAACUUUAUUCUUGUAGUAUAUGUUAUAAGAGUUUUUCACAAAUAGUUCUAAAUAAGCUCAUUGGUGUUCAUACUGGUGAAAAACAUAUUUCAUGUAAUAAGAAUUUUUCAAGGAAGGAUUACCUAACUCUUCACAUUCAUGUUCACACUGUUUAGAAACCAUAUUCUUGUAUACGAAAAAAAAGUUUUUUUUUUAGUUUAUGAGCACCCAACUUGUUAUAGUUUUAUUCAUGCUGAUUAAAAACUGCAUUGUUAUGAUAUGUGUCAAAAGGGGUUUUUUUUCUUCAAAAGACUGACUUUGAUGUUUGUGUUUCGUUGUUUUUUUUAGUUUAUGAGCACCCAACUUGUUAUAGUUUUAUUCAUGCUGAUUAAAAACUGCAUUGUUAUGAUA